AUGACGAAACUUGACAUCAAGCCCUUCAAGGUUGACAUACCAAAGCACGAGAUCGACCGUCUGAAAGCCAAGCUAAGCGACACCAGACUUCCAGGACGGAGCAUCGUGCCCAACGCUGGAGAUAAAUACGGCCCUACAUACGAAUGGGCUAGCCAUCUAUACGAGCAAUGGACAAAUGAAUACGACUGGUACGAAGUUCAGCGAGAAAUAAACGAGUUCCCACACUACACGGCCGACAUCGAAGACCUUCAGAUCCACUUCCUUCACGCUCGUGCUGAGAGAAAAGAUGCUAUACCUCUGUUGCUCGUCCACGGAUGGCCCGGAUCUUUCUGGGAGUUCAGCCAAGUAUGGCGGCCGCUGUCACACCCAGAAGACCCUGAGGCUCCGGCUUUCGAUGUUGUGGUACCUAGCAUGCCCGGGUUCUGUUGGAGCUCAUGGCCUCCAAGAGCGGGCUGGACGCUGCAAGAUAAUGCCCGAGUCUUUGACACCCUGAUGAAAGGACUCGGGUACGAUAAGUACAUGGUCCAGUGUGGUGAUUGGGGCCACUUUGUCGGGCGCGAGCUAGGCUCCAAAUACACUGAUUCGUGCAAACUGCUUCAUUGCAACUUCGCCCCGAGCCCGUUGCCCCCAAACGUCGAGUACACCGAAAGAGAAAAGGCAGUACAAGCCCGCGUUGAUGACUGGGUUGAGAACCAUAUUGGAUAUGCAGUUUGCAUGCGCACUCGCCUGAUGAAGUCCUCGGAUGUGAAGCCACACACCAUUGGUAUCGCUUUACACGACAACCCAAUGGGCAUAUUGAUGUGGGUCGGCGAGAAGUACAACGAGGCGGCAGACCCCCACAAGCAGAAGGAUCCGUUCUGGACCAAGGCGAUUCUGACGACAGCAACCUUGUACUAUCUAACGGGCUGCAUCAUGCCCUCUAUGCUGACCUAUUACGAAAACGUGCGUCACCACAAGUUUGCAGACUUUGCCAUGCAACCUGAAAACCGAAUCACCGUUCCAUUUGGCUACACUUCUUUCUUUUGGGAUACGGAACCGUCAUCCAAGAGAGCCGUUGAGCGGACUGGAAAUCUUGUGUUCUACAGAGAACGUGACAAUGGCGGGCACUUCGCCGCCCUCGAGCACCCAGCUGGUAUACGCCAAGACGUGAGGGACCUUGCGAAACAGCAAUGGACAUGGAAUUAA